AUGGUUCUUGAAGUUAAUAUAUCUUCACCUCAUAGGAGGUCACAGCCACAGACUGCAUUUUCAACUUCAUCAUCAUUUAAAAGACAACAAUCACGAGGUGAUGAAUUUGGGAGCUGUUCGACUCUACUUCAGCGCCACCGCUUCCUGUUAACUGCGCUUUCACUCCUAGCAUGUCUCUGCACUAUCUAUCUCUACUUUGCAGUCACUCUAGGGGCUGUUGAAUCAUGUUCUGGCUUGAAAGGGACUCAAAAAGCAGCAUGCUAUGUAGAGCAUGGAAAAACAUCGAUGGGUAAAGGAAAACUCAAGUUCUUCUAG